AUGGGCAAGAAGAUGUGCCGCCAAGCGCGUUUCAGCUGCGCUGCUACGUGCUUGCUCUUGACGUCGGCGGAGUCCACGGAUGGCGCGGAGAUCGAAGUCAAGCGUAACGAGCUUGGGGUCCGACGGUGUGAGAGUUCCACCCCAAGAUUUUUCGUUGCUGCAUAA